UACAUGGCUUGCCUCGUCGCCAUGGAGACGGCUUUGUGACCACCGCGGCCUAGCGAGAAAACAGGCCUCACUUUGAAUCCCCGGCCUCAGUUGAGUUGGCCAAGCCGGCAGGGUGUGCUCUUGCGUCCGCCAUGGCCACGCGCAGCGCGGGGACGCUUUUGACGCAGAACAACAUGGUCUACGUGCCGCCUGGGCUCAUGCCUGGGUACCGCGGACAUGUCCCCAACGUGGUGUUCUCUUUUGGCGACACGUAUGGCGACGCCACCAUGAAAUAUUUCCAGGAUUUCCGGAGCAAAGCCCUGGAUGCCGGCGGGAGCCGCUAUGCGAAAGCGGGCCAGUUCCCCACGCUUUUCUCCCGGGACCCGGGCCUGGUCCUGUGUGCAAGGACCGAAGGCUGGGACCGGUGGCUCCACACUCCCGUUUACUCCCGCUUCAACUUGGAUUUCAAUCGCUCGGAGGAGCUCAAGGAAUUCUACAAGCAAUCCCAGAGGCAUCGCCAACAUUAUCUGGACAAGACGGGGAUGGUGCAACGGGUGCCCUACUUCAUCAUCCCAGUCAAGGAAAGGGACAGAUACCCUAACCCUCUGGAUCUGUCUGGUUCCUUUUUCUAAGCACAUUUUCCUCUAAAACACCCCAAACAAACCAGAAAAUCCCCUCCUUGGUCGUUUCUUCGUCCUGUUUUCUUCCAAAGAUGCCAAGGAGACACUGUGAUGCUUUGAGAUUGAACUGCGGUCUGGAUCCCGCUCUGAAGGUUGAGUUUGUUGGUGCCAAACAACAAAGGAAGCUGAAGAAGGGCAAUUUCCAUUUGGAAUUGUGUCAGGAGCAUGGGUCCUGCCAUGUUUAUUUGUCAUAUCCUGUAUAAUUUUGCUUGCAUUGACUAUGCAUUAUUAUGCACUGGAUGGUGGGUUUUGAUAUGCUGGUAUUUGCUUGCAUUUAGCUGGAGAAUUGCAUUUCUGUUUCUGCCUUUACCAGUUUUAACGAAUGACAUCUCAUUUAAACAAUAAGCAAAAAGACCUGUCAACCAUAGAAUCAUCGAGUUGGAAGAGACCCUUAAAGGCCAUCUAGCCCAACCCCCUGCCAAGCAGGAAAAGCACAAUUCAAGUUUUAACAGUCACUUCAUUAGAUAAUCACUGGGAUAAGUGGGGAAUUAUUACACUGUGUAACAGCAUUUUUGUUCCUGGGUUAUAAAUGUCAUUUCCUAAUUGGUUCUAUCAUAAAAACAUGAGGAAAGUUUAUUAAACUGCAAAAAAACCUUUGUCUUUGCAGGACAUAUUGUAGCACAUUUGGACAUAGUUUUUCAAUAAAUAUCUCAUAGAGUCUCAAACAAUUCAAUCUAGUUUGUGGCGGCCUCAAAAACAAAGUUUCUGUAGUAGAACAAAGUCAGGACCUCACAAUUAAAUGGGAAAUACAGUAGAGUCUCACUUAUCCAACAUAAAUGGGCCGGCAGAAUGUUGGAUAAGCGAAUAUGUUGGAUAAUAAGGAGACAUUAAAAAAAAGCCUAUUAAACAUCAAAUUAGGUUAUGAUUUUACAAAUUAAGCACCAAAACAUCAUGUUAUACAACAAAUUUGACGAAAAAGUAGUUCAAUACACAGUAAUGCUAUGUAGCACUUACUGUAUUUACGAAUUUAACACCUAAAUAUCAUGAUAUAUUGAAAACAUUGACUACAAAAAUGUGUUGGAUAAUCCAGAACGUUGGAUAAGUGAGUGUUGGAUAAAUGAGACUCUGCUGUAACACUUUCAGAACAGGAACAGAAAUGUUAUCAAGCUUUGUUAUAUAGUGUUGUUGUUAUUGUUAUGGUGAUGUCUACACUUUAUCGCUCUAAAAAGAAUAAAUAGGUAAAGGUGAAGAUUUUCUCUUGACAUUAAGUCUUUGUGUCCGACUCUGGGAGUUGUUGGUCAUCUUCAUUUCUAAGCCGAAGAGCCGGCAUUGUCCGCAGACACCUCCAAGGUCAUGUAGCCACUGGCAUGACUGCAUGGAGCGCCAGAGUGGUACCUAUUAAUCUACUCACAUUUGCAUGUUUUCGAACUUCUAGGUUGGCAGAAGCAGGGGCUAACAUCUGGAGCUCACCCCACUCCCUGGAUUCAAACCAGAACUAUUUUUUAAACAAAGGUUCUGUUUAUUGCAUUUUCAGCAAGAGAGUACAUCAGAGCAGAUUUCCAGUAUUUCCAGUAUUUCCAAAGCACUCCUUCCUUUGCAACCUGAGAAGGAGGAGGCAGAUGACCAGACUUUUGCUUUCCAUACAGAUCUGUUGCCCACCAUCUCUCUCCCCUUCCCAUGGAGUAGAGCAACAUUAAACAACAUUAGACAGCUAAGCUACCUUGCAACCACCACAAAAAGAUACGUACAACUUGAUGCUUCAGUGCAAACAACCAAAUCUCUGGAGGUUUUUAAAAUGGAAACUGGAGGAUUGUCUGCCGGGAGGGCUUGGUUUGUGUAUCCUUGCAAGGCAGAAAGAGGUUGGUUUGGAUGGCCUUUUAGGGUCUCUUCCAACUCUAGGAUUCUACGUGAAAAUUCCAUAUGUGCUUUUCAUUGUUACUGUAUUGUUUGAUGAUGUUACAAUUGUUAAUUUGUUCAAAAUGGUGACACUAAUGUACUACCCAGAGCUUAUAUUAAAAUGGGCAGGAUAUG